AUGGGUUCCAAAACACCCGACGAGCAUCAGCGUGGCCCCAAUGGAUCGUCAGGCAAUGCUGCAAUUGCCAGCAUCAAUCCUCCCAGGCCUGCCGCAGCAAGCGGUCUGGUCCAUGGCGCGCUUGAGGGGCAAGAUGAGGACUCCGACGGAGAUGGAGAUGAUGAUGAGAAGCCGGGAGCCGAGCUAAAGACUAACGGCACCAGCGAGAAAUCUAAAAAGAAGAGAAAGAAGUCUAACAAGAAGAGGGAGAAGAAGUCGCCCAUCACGCAGACGACGCCUCCCAGGAUCCAUCUUGCUGAGAUCUUUCCCAACGAUAGCUACCCUGAAGGUCAGAUCGUGGAGUACGCUGCCCGUAAUGAGAACCUCACCCGUACCCCAGCCGAGGAACUCCGUCAUGAAGCUGCGGUCAAGAACAUGGACGCCGACUUCCUGAAGGACUACCGCAAAGCAGCUGAAACCCAUCGUCAGGCUCGCCAGCACGCCCAGACUCUGAUCAAACCUGGUAUCGCGCUCUCCACCAUCGCUCAAGACAUCGAGGCAAGCGUGCGAGCUCUGGUUGGUCACCAGGGCAUUGAGAAUGGAGAUGUUCUGAAAGCUGGUCUCGGCUUCCCAACAGGUCUAGCUCUGAACAACAUAGCUGCCCACUGGACACCUAAUCCAGGAGCCAAGGAGGUCGUCUUACAAUACGACGACGUGCUCAAGGUGGACUUUGGUGUGCAUGUUAGUGGUAGGAUUGUGGAUAGUGCUUUCACGGUGGCUUUUAAUCCAGUCUAUGACCCACUACUGGAGGCUGUGAAAGCAGCCACCAACACCGGACUGAAGGAAGCAGGUCCAGACGCCCGCAUAAGCGCCCUCAGCGCCGCCAUGCAAGAAGUAAUGGAAAGCCACGAAGUCGUCCUCCCUACAGGCAAGGUCCUCCCCGUCAAAGCCGUCCCCUCGCUCACUGGCCACAACAUCCUGCGCUACAAGAUCCACGGCGACAAACAGGUCCCCUUCGUCGCCUCUCGCACGACCCAACGAAUGGAAGAAGGCGACAUCUUCGCCAUUGAGACUUUCGGCACGACAGGCAGGGGGAAUCUGAGAGAAGACGAUACUCCCAUCUACGGGUACGGUCGGGAGAAGGCGGUGAGCACGGCGGGCUUGGGGUUGUCAAAGGGCGCGAGGGACUUGUUGAAGACUAUUGACGAGAACUUCGGCACAAUCGUGUUCUCGCGUAGCUCGCUGGAGAGGCUGGGUGUCAAGCACUAUCACCUGGGUAUGAAGACGCUCGUGGAUCAUGGCAUUGUCAAUGCCUAUGGUCCGCUGGUCGAUACUCCCGGGAGCCACGUGGCGCAGUUCGAGCAUACUGUUCUACUGCGCCCGAACUGCAAGGAGAUUAUCUCACGUGGUGAUGACUAUUGA